UGUACGAGCUAAUGCAUAAUGGUCAAAAUUGUAAGCAAUCGCCCAUAGCCUAAUGGAAACAGAGCAGGUAUUGCCUACGAGCCAACACUGUCCCAGCAAAUUGCACAUUUCCGAGCCGUUCCACUCCGAAUUACAAUUAAAGAGUGCUCAAGUUGUUGAACAUAAAAAGCAUCUGUGUCGUGGUCAAGCUGUCUGUUCUGAUAAAUUAGCAUGUUUUAAAUUGGUAAUGCAAAUGGAACACUGUGAAGAUCCAUCGAAAAAGUUGUAUUUCUACGUAAAACAGAAUAUGAAUGAAAUAUUGACUCGAGGCUUCAUACUGAAUUCAAUAUUUUUUAAUAAUCUUAUGGUGGAAGCUUAUGUGUGGAGGAAUCAACAACUGGGUGGACCCAAGCUAAAACACCCAGCAGUAAAAAAAGGCGGUGUGCGUUUUAUGGGCUACGAUGAUAAUGAAUCUGUACUGUUUGACGAAAGAGGUUAUGGUAAACCAGCAGGUGUAAAGCUUGCUAACUAUCCAAAAUUUAAGCGUAAAUAUGUGUGGUGAAAAGCUACUGAAUUCGCCAUACAGAAGCUCGCUGGUGUGAUAGAGCUUUUGUCUGACCAUGUACGCACAGCUGUUGCUCAGCUGUCAACAUGACACUCGCUGUGUAUGUGUGGGGUAAACAAAAUAAGUCCAAUAGGGUAAUCGCCCAUUUUCGCCCACAAUAGUGACAAAUUGAUAGCAGAAUCUUGGCCGCAUUACCGUUACUGUUUGUUGCAUUAAUGAAACAUACUAUCAAAAAUCGCGCAGAGUGUAGAUAAUCAAAAUACAUUACGCUGUAGCGCUAUAAAAACGCCAGACAACCAGUUCAUUGCAUCAGUCUGCCGUGUAGUUGCGCUUAACGCAAAGCGUUUGCUGCGUUUAAAGGUCACCUUGAAACGUCAAAACCGAAACUUCUGCGCUCGACCGCCGCUCUCGCGCCCAGUUUGUGAAAAUCGUCUCGCAGGCACAUAGCCACGGCAUCUGCGGGCAGCAUAAGAUUUGCGCAGUUCAAUUGGACAACUCGGCUUCCUCAAAGCUCCUCCAGUUUCGCUGUGAAUCAUUCA